CUUGGGUGUCUUGGCGGAGGAAAAGAUGUUAAAAGGCCCUCUUUUGGUUAUCAUAUAAUUUCUCCUGAGAAGCAAGAACCUUUUCCACUGCUGAGGAAGUUAGAAAUCUCUGAAAAUUUAGAACAUGACGACACCAUACAGUUUUGUGAUGAUACCCUAACUCCAGAGGACCUUGCAUGUUUAGCAGAUAAGAAGCUUGCAUCAGCCACAUUCGACAUGAGAACCCCAGCAAAAAAGUCUAAUUCAGAUAGACAAGAAGAACAACACAAGGAAAGUUUUACCUCAAACCCAGAGCCCCAACAGAUUACCAAAGAGGUGUCUCCAGAGCUAAGAUCUAACCAAAUCUCU